UCAGUCGAGUUGGGAACUUCAGAGUGUAUACAUGCGAUAUUCGUUCGUUUCGACUAAAGAUUUUGUGUUGUGACGGUGGACAAAUUCAAACAUCAAGCUAAAAGUGCGCGUGAAAAAAGCCUUAAACUGGUGGAAAAAUAAUUUGAUUUCACGGCAGUUCUUUUUUUGUGUGCUAUAACUGAUAAACACCUUUUGAGAAAUAACGGUGCAAGAACUUGUUGAUUUUGCAAGAAAAUUUACUGAGUGUUGAAUAUAUCUUGUCGUAAGACCGCGUUCGGAUAUUUUUUUUUUGCCAUCACCAUCAACCCUGAAGUUCAAUUAAAAGAGAAUCGAAAGCAUAAACUUUUGUGUGCAUGAGAGUCAAUUUAUGCCUAAUUUUUGUCGAUAAUUCAAUUUUAAAUCUACUGUUAAUUCCCAUUCAAAGUGGCUUAAUUGUUGUGCUUCUAUUCUUCCUGUUUAUGUCACUACCAACCCUAUAAGCAAAAUAAUCGAGGAUUAAGAAUCUACUUGCAAAUACUGUCAUCUAGACCGGAUAGCAGACAUUCACCGGCUAAUGGCUAAAUAUCCAUGUUCAGCACACAACUGAUGAGUUUACUGUGGAUGAGUGGAGUAAAUCAGACCAUAUUGGUGGACUCUCAGCAUCUCCCAACGCUCUUCCAUUAAAGUUGCUGCAACUGGUGCUCCUCAGUCACAUUGUGGCCUUUUCAUCUUCAACUUACAACCGAGGUGCAAUCCCCGUUUCGAAAAAAAAAGAGACAAAAAAACGACAAACAGUUGGUUGAUUGCAAAUUCAAAGCACGACAGUCAAAGCUUCUGAAUUUUCCACUGUGGUGCACCUAUAGUCCAUCUGCUUUGGGAUCGACACCAGAUUGACCGGGCAGAAUUUGCAUGAGAUCACACUCGUGUGCUGUUCCUCUGCGAGCACACACCCUCCCUUCUGGGCGCAAUGUGAUCGAGGCCUGUGAGGACAUUUGGAAGAAACAGUGGGACUUUUGGUGUUAACAAGGCAGGAGUGUCGAAUUGCAAGUCAGCAGGUCCCUCCAAUACAUUUCUCAGUCAUGGCAGCAACGGAUGGUCAAAUUAUUCUCGCUGCAUCCAGAUUUGGAGACACGGUGCCAGUUUAUCUCAGGGAAUUUGCCAAGACGCCACUUCCAGCUGUGGCGAAGAUUGUCAAAGGGCAGCACCACAAUUUGGGCGUGCCAACACUCUCCAACCCAUCGCUCCAGAGCACAGCGCUAUUCCUCAAUGCCGGCCGGAAGUAUCAAAUUCUUGCGCAGCCCAUCAAGAUCAAGGAAGGUAGAAAGACAACCAACGUUGGUCCUAAAGUCCUCAUCCCUGAAACCUAUCCAGGAUACUUUGAAUUACUGAGUGAAGAUGGUCGAUCGACUAGGUGCAUCGAUACAGUGCUGGACCUGUCGAAACGCCGAAAUUUCCGUGUCCUGGUUCGCGAGACUUUUAGGUGCAACCACAACAGCAAAACCGUUCAUGCUGGUGAAAUUCUCACAACACUCUCCGACAACGGCAAAUACUUGCAGUGCCGCACAUCCAAAGAUGAAAUUGUCAAUCUGCCACUUGAAGCCAAAGCAAAAUUCUCACCCAUUGCAAAGGAGGACAGCAUUAGUGGCGUUCACACUGUGAAGAAUCUUCUGCAGAAGAGAAUGCCCAUCGUUGUGAGGUUAGUCUACGGAAGUGCACCGAAAGGCUUAAAGACACCCUUCGUGCCUGAAUUACGAUUGCUUGGCUGUGUAGAAGUGGACCGUGUGUUUGCGCUGCCAUUGCAGAAGGACACAGACCUUGUGUCGGUGCCCCUCAAUGUGAAGAUAAAACUUCAGCGUGCCAAGAAUAUGGAGCAGUUGGAGAAUUUCAUCGAGUACAGUCGCUUCCUCGAUAAAGCACAACGAUUGCUGGCAGAUGCCCGUGAUCGUCUUCAGGUGAUUGAUCUCAAGUUGUCGGACAAGAAGGAAUCUUCGAAGCACAACAGCGUUAGCCGAAAGCCAUUGAUGCUGACGACGUGUGCUGAGAAUGGGUAUGUCCUGCGCAAAAGUGCCAGCUGUGAAUCCUCCAAAUAUAUGCAGUCCAAUUAUGGCACCAUUGCCGAUGAAUAUGAUGAAAUUGAUCAGAUAUAUGACUAUGUAAGAGGAUUUGCACCCCUGCCCAAGAGUGCUGCACGCAUCGAGGCCAUACAUGAGCCACCAAUUGGCACAUCAAAGACCAGUGAGAUCUCAAAGUCCACUCAUGUUGACAACUCGGGCACCUACAGUAGCAUCAUCAACAGGAGCAACAACAACAGCCUGGAGCACAAAUCACACCACCAUCAUCAUCAUCACCAUGGCCAUAGCUUUCCCUCAGACGAGGGUAAGCCCAUCCCUCCGCCCAUUGAGACAAUCCCAGGCAAGAAGUUGGCAGAGAAGCGACAGAGACCCACGUUACCAAAGCUUUAUGUGAAGAACGGCGUCGGCCACAGCCAGAAAUCGCCUAAUGGAAAUACGCCAGUAAUCACCGCAAACGGAAAGGAACCACUCGAGCCACAGAGUCCUCUAUUUCACAUUAGGUACAAGAGCUUGAGUAGUCUUCAACUAAACACGGACUCCCAUCCUACUACACCGAUCUCCACGACGCCCAAGAGCCAGGAAAAGUGUCAUCAACUGUCAAAGAGUGCCAGUGCCGGCCGCGAGGGGACACUCGAUUCGUCACGUAGCGGUGGACGAACAUCGGGUGACUCCAAGUUGCCUGAGAAGAAGACGCGACGCCUCUCACGACCUCGUAGUCUCUCAAAUCUUGUUUGGGAACUGCGUCCGCAGAAGGAAAAGUCUAAGAAAAAACUCUACGUCCACCAGUUUCAUGAUCAUCGACACCAGGGAACGCUCUACCUUUAAAUUCAAACAAAAGAAAUAAUCACCAAGCCGUGCAAAUGAGGCAGAAACUGCAGGAACCGUGAGGUGUUUAGAGCAUCACGAAAAAUAAAACAGAAAGAAUCCCAGGAAUUGGGAUGUCCCCACAGCAAACAACCAGUAGUAUUGUCGCUUCUAAAUGUCGAUUCAUAAAUAAUUAUUUUAAGCAAUUUGUGCUUCAUUAGGAUAUAUUUUGCUUGUAAGUUUUCGAGUCUUUUGAUGUGAUUUUACAAAAUGUCUUUUAAAAGAAUUUUAGCAUGUAAUUCUCCUUCCCAUUCGGGAUUUUUUCUCCCAGCAAUUCCAAGUGCUUCACACUGUCAAUGUGAAGUGGAUUUCAUAUUUGUCGAUUGUAAGUGAAAUACACUUUUUGAAUUUAUUCUUUAAAUCCUUUUACACACAAUCUUAGAUGAUUUUUUUUUGUAGACAAAGUGUUGAAAAUACUUUUUAAGACACUAUAGAUAUUUUUUUCAUUUUACUGUAGUUGCAAUUCUUUAAGCCUCCAAAAUGUGAAAGAUUUAAGUUCUUCAGCAAAUUUUCUGGGUCAGUGCAUGAAACAUGGACGCUCAGAGUGUGAUUGCCGAUGAAAUUUCUAUCUUUCGCUGGCAUUUGUGCAACAUGUCACAAUUACUGCAACAUUUUACUGUACUGAUGUAAGGUUUAUUGAUUUUUUACAGUGUAAUAACAUUUUAUUGAGAAUAAAUUCCUCUGAAUCAUACAA